CGGAGCCAGGUGGGAGGCGCGGGCUGCCGGGUUGGGAUCGCGGCGGCCGGGCACCGAGGGAGGGAGCGGGGAGGCCCGGGCUUGGCCGCGUGCUCGCCCGGGCCUCUGGGGUUCGGAGCGGAAGCCGCGGUGGUGGCAGCCAGGCUUGUGCACAGAUUCACGUGGCUUGGGCCUUUCGUCUGUGCAGGCCUGUGGGGCAAGAAUCACCUUGGGAUACGCGCGGAUAGUCAUCAUCUCACGCGGAAAAAGUUACCGAUGCAGUGGUCUGGAAUAGUCAAAUUGUCUCUUUUUAAAAACGGAUAGUUUUAGCUCUUAAAGAUAUCUUAGAAAUCACUCUUACAAGUCCAGCUUCUUCAUUUUGUGAUAAGGGACACGCUAAGAUUUCGUGCAGAGCUGAUCGUGCAGCCUUGGUCUCCUGUCUCAAGCCCAGGGUUGUCUCUUCAUCCCGGGAGAUACUGCCUUUCUGUGUUUUAGAAUUUUUUCUCCCUUCUUGAAUUUAUAAAAUGUUUUUAAUCCACAUGUGUUUCAUGUUGUAGAAAGAAGAAGCUGUCUAAACGAAUAACAUGAGGCCAAAUAGAAUCUCACUUUUGGUUAUUGCAAGUCAAGGAAAUAGAAGUAAACCAUUGCUAUCUUUGACUUGAGGUAUCCUGUGUUUUAUUAUUUGGAACACCCAGUUUUUCUUAUACUCAUGAUGUCGGAAGGGAAAUCUCCUGACAAAAAAAGGCCUCGUAGAAGCUUAUCCAUCAGCAAGACUAAAAAAAAAUCAUCUAAUUCUAUAAUUUCAUUUUUUAACAAUGCACCACCUGCUAAACUUGCAUGCCCCAUUUGUAGUAAAAUGGUGCCAAGAUAUGAGUUAAACCGACACCUUGAUGAAAUGUGUGCUAACAACGAUGACGUUCAAGUUGAUCCAGUGCAGGUUGGCUUAAAGAAUUCAAAUAUGUCUACAGUAGAUUUAACCAAUAUUGUUUUAGAAGAUGUAACACCAAAGAAGUCAUCACCACGAAAGACAGAUUUAAUCCCUGGCCAAAGGGAUUCAGUAAAAAUGGGCAUAAAACAGCAGACCAGUCCCUACUUUAAAAGUACUUGUGGCCUGGUGUGCAAGAAUCAAGAUGAGCUGAGAAAUCACAGUGUGAAAAUCAUUUCUUUGGGAAGCCUGUCAUCCAAAUUGUCCAGAAAAUACACAAAGGCCAGAAAAUCAAUAGAUAAGAAUGAGGAAUUUGCCAGUCCUAGUCCACAGAGUUAUGACUCCACAGUUGUUAAGAGCCUGGUUGAUAACUGUUCAGAAACUGAGGACAACGAUCAAAUUUUGGAAAACAGUUCUCAGAAGGAAAACAUGUUUACAUGUGAUUCUCCAAAGGAAGAGAGUGUUCCCGAACACAUAGUAAGAGGCAGUAAAAUAAAGGAAGCUGAAAGCCAAAAGGAAUGUGGGAAAUCAGCCCUCACCCCUGGCUUCUCAGAUAAUGCUCCCAUGUUAUUUGCACCAGAUUUAACUCUUGGGAAUAAAUUAAAGUGUACUUCAGAAGACAGUCUUGUAAGGCAAGAGAGUAUCAAAGGUGUGGAUGGUAAAGGUGUUGAAAAACAUGAGGCAUGUAGUUGUGAAGAAGUAAAAAUGACUGUUGCUUCAGAAGCUGAAACACGGUUGCCCCAUUCAGAGGUGAACUCUCAUAGUUCUACAAAUGAUGCUUCUAAAUGGAGUAACAUCCAAGAGCUUCCUCUGAAAGGUGACAGUAAUUUAAAGAAUGAAAUCACUUGCAGUAUUCCUCUGUUGCAAGAGUCAAGCUGUGAUGGUCCUGGUCAAACAACUCAAAUGCCACCGAGUCAUCCCUACUAUCUUCGGAGCUUCCUUGUGGUGCUGAAAGCUGUACUUGAGAAUGAAGAUGAUCUGAUGCUCUUUGAUGAACAGGAGAAGGGAAUUGUAACUAAAUUUUAUCAGUUGUCAGCUAAUGGUCAGAAGUUAUAUGUAAGGCUCUUCCAACGUAAAUUAAGCUGGAUUAAGAUGAAUAAAAUAGAAUAUGAAGAGAUUGCCCCAGACUUAACACCUGUAAUUGAAGAAUUGAAACAUACAGGCUUUCUACAGACAGAAUCUGAGUUGCAAGAACUCUCUGAAGUGCUUGAGCUCCUUUCUGCUCCUGAACUAAAAUCCCUGGCCAAGACCUUCCACCUGGUGAAUCCCACUGGGCAGAAACAGCAGCUGAUGGACGCCUUUCUCAAAUUGGCCAAACAGCGUUCAGUCUUCACGUGGGGCAAGAAUCAGCCUGGAAUUGGUGCAGUGAUUUUAAAAAGAGCUAAAGACAUGGCUGGACAGUCACUAAGACUCUGUAAAGGCCCGAGGGCUGUGUUUUCCCGGAUCUUGCUGCUGUUUUCACUGACUGACUCGACAGAAGAUGAAGACGCUGCCUGUGGGGGUCAGGGACAGCUUUCCACGGUGCUGUUGGUCAACCUCGGCCGAGUGGCAUUUCCUAGUUACACCAUCAGUCGGAAAACCCAGAUCUUCCAAGACAGAGAAGAUCUUAUCAGAUAUGCAGCAGCUGUGCACAUGCUGAAUGACAUUUCUACCGCAAUGGCCAAUGGGAACUGGGAAGAGGCUAAGGAGCUCUCUCAAUGUGCAAAAAAAGAUUGGAACAAACUGAAAAACCACCCUUCUCUGAGAUACCAUGAGGACUUACCACUCUUUCUGCGGUGUUUUACUGUUGGGUGGAUUUACACGAGGAUUUUGUCUCGAACUGUUGAAAUACUGCAGAGAAUUCACAUGUACGAGGAAGCUGUCAAGGAACUUGAAAGCCUUUUGUCUCAGAGAAUUUAUUGUCCUGACAGCAGAGGCCGAUGGUGGGAUCGACUCGCGCUUAACUUACACCAGCACCUGAAGCGCCUGGAGCCGGCUAUCAAGUGCAUCCUAGAAGGGCUGGCAGAUCCGGAAGUCAGAACAGGACACCGUCUUUCACUUUACCAGAGAGCCGUGCGCCUGCGGGAGUCUCCAAGCUGUAAAAAGUACAAGCACCUUUUCCAUCAGCUACCAGAAAUAACUGUGGAAGAUGUUAGGCAUGUGACCAUCACGGGCAGGCUGUGCCCGCAGCGUGGGAUGGGAAAGUCUGUGUUUGUGAUGGAGGCCGGGGCUGCUGCUGCCCCCGCCACAGUCCUGUGCUCCGUGGAGGAGCUGGCGCUGGCCUAUUACAGACGCUGUGGCUUUGACCAGGGGAUUCAUGGGGAAGGGUCCACCUUCUGCACCCUGUAUGGCCUCCUCCUGUGGGACAUAAUCUUCAUGGAUGGGAUACCAGAUGUCUUCAGAAAUGCCUGCCAGGCAUUCCCGCUGGACUUGUGCACAGACAGCUUCUUCACAAGCAGGGGGCCGGCCCUCGAGGCCAGGUUGCAGCUGAUUCAUGAUGCUUCUGCGGAGAGCCUGCGAGCCUGGGUGGCAGCUGCGUGGCAGGCCCAAGAGGGCAGAAUGGCUUCCCUUGUCAGCUGGGAUCGCUUCGCUUCUCUUGAGCAAGCUCAGGAUCUUGUCUCCUGCUUGGGGGGCCCUGUCCUCAGUGGCGUGUGCAGGCGCCUGGCUGCUGACUUUCGACACUGCCGAGGGGGCCUCCCCGACCUGGUGGUGUGGAACUCCCAGAGCCAUCGCUUUAAGCUGGUGGAAGUUAAAGGCCCCAAUGAUCGUCUUUCGCAUAAGCAAAUGAUCUGGUUGGAUGAACUGCAGAAGUUGGGGGCUGAAGUAGAAGUCUGCCAUGUGGUUGCAGUUGGAGCUAAGAGCAAAGGCCUUAGCUAAAUGCUAAGGAAUUGGGGAUAGCUGGUCAUACAAUGACAUUCCCUACAGGAGAAAACGGAAAUGAGGAGGAGAGAAAGUCUGGUGUCCCCGAGGUGUCGUGUGGGCCGCUGGCUCUGAAGUACAUCCUGCUCUGGCCCAGCUCCGCGUAGCAG